AUGGCGGACCGGCGGCGGCAGCGCGCCUCGCAGGACAGCGAGGACAGCGAGGGUUCGGCGGCCUCCGACAGCGCUGCCUCCGCUCCCGGUUCCCCCCGCUCCGCCCGCUCCCGCUCGGGCUCCGGAUCCCGCUCCGGGUCCGGCUCGCCCCGCCUGCCGCACCGCCCGCCGCGCGGCGCCGCUGGGGCUCUCGGCGCUGGGCCGCGGGGCCGCGGGGCCGAGAGCGCCGGUGGGGCGGGGGGGAAGAGCGCGGCCGAGUCGGAGUGUGAAAGUGAGGAUGGCAUCGAAGGAGAUGCCGUGCUCUCCGACUAUGAAAGCGCCGAGGACUCGGAGGCAGAGGAAGAGGAUUACAGCGAGGAAGAAAGCUCCAAGGUGGAGCUGAAGCAGGACAGCAACGAUUCCUGCGAGUCGGCAGCCAGAGGGGAGAAGGGGAAUGAGAAGGCGGAUCCCAAGGGAGCGGUGACGGGCGAGCGGCAGAGCGGGGACGGGCAGGAGAGCACGGAGCCUGUGGAGAAGAAAGUUGGGAAGAAGGUUCCCAAGCACCUGGACGACGAUGAGGAUCGGAAGAACCCGGCGUACAUCCCGCGCAAGGGGCUCUUCUUUGAGCACGACCUCCGAGGGCAGACGCAGGAGGAGGAGGUCAGGCCAAAGGGUCGUCAGCGGAAGCUGUGGAAGGACGAGGGGCGCUGGGAACACGACAAGUUCCGUGAGGAUGAGCAGGCCCCCAAGACCAGGCAGGAGCUGAUCGCGCUGUACGGAUAUGACAUCCGCUCAGCCCACAACCCCGACGAGAUCAAACCCCGCAGGAUGCGCAAACCUCGGUUUGGCAGUCCCCCUCAGCGAGACCCCAACUGGUCCAAUGAGAGGCCCCCCAAGCCCCCCAGGCACCAGGGUGCCAAGAGCCCCUCGGCUCCUCCACGGUCCUUCAACAACCGCAGCUCUGCCAGCACUGGCAGGAUGCCCCCUGCCAGAAACUACCCCAGGAUGGGGGGCUACAAGGAGACCCGUCCAGGCUACCGGGCUUUGGAGGCGACCGUCCCGCACCGGAACGGGGAACAAGCCAAGCAGGAGAGCGGCUACCGCGGGAAACGUGCAGAGCAGAGCCCGUCAAGGGACACGUCCCCCGAGUUGGAGAUGGCACAUGUCCAUGGCAGCCCUGGGAAGGAGGAGGGGGCUCUGGAAAACCAAGCCACGGCUGCUGACGCUGCACAGCCGCCACCAGACAGACCAGUCGAGAAGAAAUCUUAUUCCCGGGCAAGAAGGACCAGAGUCAAGGCUGGGGAGGCGGGGAAGCUGGCAGAGGAAGUGCCUGCUUCUGAGGGGCUGGCUCCCGCGAUUCCGAAACCCACGCCGGCCGAGACCUCCCCCCCGCCAGCCAAGAGCAACUGGGAGUCAUCAGUGGAAUCCAGCGUGGAUGGACUUGAGCAGGAGAUGAGCCAGAUGAACCUGACAGAGCAGAACUGGAGCCCGGGGCAGUCCCAGUUCAUCCCGCCCCGGGAGAUGAGGGGUAUUCCCAACCAUAUGCACGUGGGAACUGGGCCACCGCCGCAGUUUAACCGGAUGGAGGAGAUGGCAGUGCCGGGGGGCCGUGUGAAGCGCUACUCAUCGCAGCGGCAGAGACCCCCCGUGCCUGAGCCUGCGCCCCCCAUGCACAUCAGCAUCGUGGAAGGGCACUACUACGACCCAUUACAAUUCCAGGGACCAAUCUACACCCACGGUGAGAACCCAGCCCCGCUGCCGCCCCAAGGGAUGAUUGUGCAGCCGGAGAUGCACCUCCCUCAUCCAGGUUUACACGCCCACCAGACGCCCCCUGCCAUGGCAAACCCCGGCCUCUACCCCCCACCAGUGUCCAUGCCCCCGGGCCAGCCCCCGCCGCAGCAGCUGCUCACUCCGACUUACUUCUCCGCCCCUGGAGUGAUGAAUUUCGGGAAUCCUGGCUACCCCUACCCCCCUGGAGCUCUGCCCCCUCCGCCCCCUCCUCAUCUCUAUUCCAACACGCAGGCGCAGUCCCAGGUGUAUGGGGGGGUCACCUACUACAACACUGUCCAGCAGCAGGUGCAGCCCAAGCCCUCCCCGCCCCGCCGGACGUCCCAGCCUGUGACCAUCAAGCCACCCCCUCCAGAGCUUCUCGUUGCAGGUGGUAAGCAGGGCUCCAGUUAAUUUGAGUUACUUAAAUCUUUAAAACUAAAACCACGUAAAAAGACAGCAAAGGUGAAAAAUCAAAGGAGAGGAGCAACACGUAGGGACACGGCCACAGGAAUCCCAGCACCAGACUCGGCCCCUCGGCGAGGAGGAAGCUGCUCCUUGGAAUGGCUCCUUCCCUGCGUGGAGGUGAGGCAGCGGGAUGAGACACCUGCACUGUGCCCAGGACCAGGCACUUCCCCCAUGGCCUGAGCGGUGCCUUCCCAAAAUCCAUCUCGCUGCUGCCCACCCCCCUUCUCCCCCGCGCUGGGGCCGCCAAAGAACCAACCCCUGAGUCGGUCCUUGGCCACACGUUCUCCCAACUUCUCCCCGUUACUAAACGUUCCCCACUCCCUCCUGGGAUGUCAAACUCUGCUGGCUUGAUUGUGGUCUCUGUUUUUAUUUAAGGAAUGAAGCAGCUCGUUCAGUAAAGCUGAUUUGUUUC